AUGCACGUUUUCUCUUGCUGUGUACCGUAUUUCGACAAUUGUUUGGAAUGUAUACAAGGACCGUCUUUCUCAGCCACGGCUUCUUACUCACAAUUGUCAGUACCGUUGACGCCUUCGAAUCGUCUCGAUGUUACUAAAAGUGGAAAGGAUGUCGUCAUUCUCAAAGAAGGAGAACGAAUCUGUGGUACUGGUGGUGCUUUAGGAACAUUACCUAUUGUACAGAAUAAAGCGUACUUCCAAGUCAAUAUACAACAAAACGGUGCUUUUGGAAUAGGACUCGGUAACUCUCAUGCACCUCUUGAUACAGUGCCAGUCUCAAGUAACUUCUGGGGAAUUCGAGACAAUGGUGAUGUAGUGGCAAACGACACGGUUAUAGCCAAACUUACCAAGCCUGUCUCCGAGGGAGACUGCAUUGGAGUGUGCUUUGACCAUGUCGAAUUGAAGUUCCUGUUGAAUGGUGAGCCGUUAGAGCCAAGCAUAACCGGUGUCAAGGGACCGGUGAGUCAUAACUGCCGAUCACUGGUAUUUUCAUCCGUUAUAAUCGAUGAAAAUCACUUUUUACAUUAA